AUGUCCGAAGGCGACGACGACGUUCUCGGAUCGGCCUUCGGUCUCGGUAGCGUCCUCGCCGAUGUCGGCGUCGACGCCAACGCCCUCUCGGCCUUCCUCGAGAAGACGGAGGGCAAGCGGUCGCGCGACAUUGAACAGGCGCUCGAAGAGGAGGGCCAGUACAUGGACGACGUCAGCGACGAUGGGCUCCCGGAGGAGACCGAGGAGGACAAGCAGGCCCGACGAAGAGAGCAGGCCGCGAUCAAGGCCGAGGAGGAACGAUGGGCCCGCCGUGCUGCCAACGAUCUGAAAGCCAUGCCGACGGAUGCUGACAAACGGCGGCGACAAAAGCGCGAGGAGACCGAGAAGGACCGCGUCAUGACUGUCUGGCCGGACUACAAACCCGGUACGAUGCUCAAGAUGAGCGAGGUGUUCUACGAGACGCCAGCUGCUGCCCAGUCAAGGCGCGCAGGCAUUCUCAAGAAGAAGCGCAGACUGUUGGAGGGGCCGCCAAAGGAAGAACUGGACCAGCCUAAGAAGUCUAGCUCCAAGGUCUCGUUUCUUCUUCCCAACCUGCCGUCGCUUCCGGGGUCGGAUCAGACAAAGUCGAGCUAUCUUGCUCCCAUAGGCGAGUGGUUCGACCCCGACUGGAUCAAGGACGCCAGAGAGAUCCGGAGAGAGGAAAUGACUCGACCUCCUCCCGGAAUAGAUCUUAACGGCGAUGACGGAAAAAUGCUCGACCUGGCGGACUGGGAAAGCGACGUUAUCAUGGAUCCCGACCUUCAACCCAAGCGCGUGCACGACCCGAACCAGCUUCGCAACACGCACAUCGAUGCUGGUGACUGGCUGCGGGAAGUCGUUUGGGAUGCGCGGCUGGCCACACCGGAUCUCGUGGAAGACCACGAGGACGAGGAGGAAGCCGAGACGCAAGAGACGAAGAAGACGGAGAGCACCGAGGCCGUGUCCAAGCUCGACAAGUUCAACAUCGGUAACGACCAUCUAUACGAGCACACCAGGGCUUCACGUUACCGCAUUCGCCAGACGUUCGGUGCGAUUGAGGUGUUCCAUUCGAUUCCUGCCCAGAUCCUGCAGAUGCCGUUCUACAAGACGACUCUGAACAAGAACGAAGCUAGAACAUGGCAUCGCACGCCAUUGCAGUUCCCGAACAACGUCUGGCUGUCCUUCGCGAAGCUCAAGCCGAAUCCUAAUAAGAGCAAGGGCAAGUUCGUGGCGGACCCUGCGGAGCGCUUCAAGACGACCAAGGAUCUCUCUGUCACCGAGAAGUGCCCGUUCGCGCUGCUCGAGUUCUCUGAGGAGUGCCCUCCGAUUAUGAGCGGUUACGGAAUGGGCACGACGAUUGUCAACUACUACCGCAAGAAGGACGACAAGGACGAGCACGUGCCGAAACUCGAGCUUGGCCAGCCCUCUAUUCUCAACGUCGGAGACGCCGAGCCGUUCCUUCUCGGCUACGUUGACCCCGGCAAGGUUACCCAGGUCAUUCACAAUAACCUCAUCCGUGCUCCGAUCUUCAAGCACCAGCCUGAGAAUACCGACUUCUUGGUCAUUCGCCAGACCAUCAAUGGCCACGCGACCUACUACAUUCGCGAGAUCAACCACCUGUUCACUGUCGGCCAGACGGUGCCGAACAUGUCGGAGGUUCCGGGUCCGCACGCCCGUAAGAACACGACGACAGCCAAGCACCGUCUCAUGAUCGUCGCGUGGAUCUUAAUCAAGAAGAACAAGGACCCCGAGAAGCAGCGUGUUAAGCUUGCGCGGCUGCUCAAGUACUUCCCCGACCAGACUGAGCUGCAGAUGCGUCAGCGUCUCAAGAUCAAGGGCAACGAGUUCCUCGAGUACGACCACGACUCCAAGUUCCACUCUGGCUACUGGAAGCUGAACCCGAAGUACGACUUCCCGAAGGAGAAGAAGGACGUUCUUCGCAUGGUUACGCCUGAGUAUGCUUCGCUCUACGAGGCCAUGCAGGUUGGAGCCCAGCACCUUCGCGACGCCGGUUACACGAAGACAGCGGACGGAAACGCGGAGGACGAGUUUGGAGACAAGGGCGAGGAAGGCUUAGACGUCGAGCAGCGCCUCGCUGUAUGGGCAACCACGCUGAACUACAAGCGAGCGGAGGCGCAGAAGGCUUGGCUGCAGGUUCACGGCGACGGCGAUCCGACUGGUCGCGGAGAGGGCUUCAGUUUCCUGAAGACGAACAUGAAGAACUACUUCCUGCGAAAGGGCGAAACCGAGGAAGGUCGUCGACUGGAGGCUGAGGCCAAGGCCGGCGGAGGUCCCGUCAAGAUUUCGAACGCGGAGCAGAGUCGCAUCUACGAAGAGGAGAAGCGCAAGGUGUGGGAUUUGCAGUGGGCGGCACUCAGCAACCCGAAGCCGCCGUCGCUCACGCAGGAGGACGAGCACCGGUCAUCGGUGACCGAGCCGACGCCUGCCGGAUUAGCGCCUCGCUUCGCCAAGGAGCCACCGCGACAGUUCUCUCGUGCUGGCUCGCUCGCUGCGCCUGCGUUCGACUCACCGAUGGAGGAUAUGCGCUCGCCCUCCGCGAUGAGCUUUGAUGGCGAGUCGCAGUUCACUGGCAACGACCGCGCUGCCGCUAAGGUGCUCCGCAUCAACCGCGUUGUCAAGGGCAAGCGGACGGUCGAGAUUGUGCGCGACCCGCAGGUCAUCACCUCGUACCUGCGACGAGUGGAGGAGCGCAAGCUGGCGCAGUACACGGAUGAGCUGGACAACCUGAAGCCGACGGGCAACAUGGAGGAGGACGAGCUCAAGAUCCAGGCGCUGCGACAGGAGGUCAUCCGUCUCAAGAAGAACCAGCAACGUCGACAGCAGCGCAAGAAGUACGCGGGUAAGGGCGAGCUGCCCGACGUCGGCGAGGGCGAGGGCAAGCGCCGCUGCGGUGCGUGCGGCGCGUACGGCCACACCAAGGCGAACCGCAACUGUCCCAAGUUCAACCAGAACGUGGCGCCGAGCCCGAGCACGACGACGCCCGUCAACCCGACGCCGUUUGGCUACGGCAUGAUGGACGCGCCAGUGCAGCCGACGGAGCAGGCUGGACCCGGCCCGAUGAAGAUCAAGCUCGCGCUUGGCGGCCGCUGA